UCCCGCCCUCCGCUCGCAGGCCCCUACCCAAAUGAUCCGCAGCAACCCCUGGAGCCGAGGACCCCCAGGGUCGGGCCCAGCGCCACCCGCGGGCCGCCUCGGGGGUGCCCCGAGGCCUGGACGCGAGGUCUCCCCUCUCCGAGGAGCUGUGCCCAUGAGCACGAAGCGGCGCCUGGAGGAGGAGCAGGAGCCCCUGCGCAAGCAGUUCCUGUCUGAGGAGAACAUGGCCACCCACUUCUCUCGACUCAGCCUGCACAAUGACCAUCCUUACUGCAGCACCUCCAUGGCUUUCCCCCCAGCUCUGCCCCCACUCAGAAGCCCUUGCUCAGAGCUGCUUCUCUGGCGCUACCCUGGGAACCUGAUCCCUGAGACGCUCCGGCUGCUGAGGCUGGGGGACACACCCACCCCCAACUACCCUGCAAGCCCAGCUGGAGACAUAAUGGAGCUCUGAGGGCUGGAGGGGGGGGCGCCAUGACCCUGCCCACCUUCCUUCUUCCCCACAACAGGGGAGACCAGCACUUCCACGAAGGGACAAGCGGCCCUGCUUUUCUUCCAGACCAGGCCUCUGGGCACCAGAACCUUCCCCCAACAGAGGAGGACACUGAGCCCCACGGAGCCCUGGGGUGGGAGGGGCAGGAGCAUGGGAAGGGAGGCCUUCCCCACUGGAACUGAAUAAAGAUUGCAGAGCAAA